GUAGUGCGGUAAGUAUACAUCGCGUGCACCAGAAUUGUAAUGUAAUCUACCUGUAUGGGGAAGACGAGAACUACGAAUAGGACUUAGAGCUAUAGAAUAUUUCACAAACAUAUUAAGAAAAAGACAUCAAAACAGAAAACCUUCGACAAAAUGGCGAAGCAGAAGAUGAUAAUCGACUGCGAUACUGGAGUGGACGAUGCCCAAGCAAUAAUGAUGGCCCUAUCCAGACCGGAAGUCGACGUCAUAGCUAUCACGUGUGUCAAUGGAAACGUGGAUAUUGAAAACGUUUGCCGUAACACUUUGCGUGUUCUAAAAGUUUGUGAUGCUUUACACAUACCAGUGUUUCGAGGAUGCACAAGACCUAUCAUACAUCACGAAGAAGAUGCUUCCCAUUACCAUGGCUUAGACGGCAUGGGCGACCUUCCGAACCCACCGGAAGUGGAUUUAUCGUGUAUUCAAGAGGAACAUGCGGUCAAUGCGUUGAUAAGACUUACAAAAAAGUAUGAAGGUGAAAUAAAGGUGGUCGCAAUGGCGCCGUUGACCAAUUUUGGAGUAGCCCUACGAAUGGAUCCCGAUUUUUCCCGACGUCUUCAGAGCUUGGUAAUAAUGGGAGGAAAUAUUCAAGGCAAAGGGAAUAGGUCCGCUUCUAUUGCCUCGGAAUUCAACUUCGGCACGGAUCCAGAAGCUGCAUAUGUCGUUAUCCACGAGAUGGCGUGUGAGAUCACCAUUGUUUCCUGGGAAGUCUGUCUGUCUGCUACUUAUCCAUGGGAGAAGGCUCAUGAGUGUUUUAAUUUACACACUCCAAAGUCAAAUUUUCUUCAAGCCAUCACUAAAACAACAAUUGAGAAACAGAAAGCACGAGGGGAACCUGGUUAUCGUUCCUGUGACACCACUGCAAUGGCGGUAGCUCUUGACAGUUCUAUUAUAUUGGAAUCUGUUAAAAUGUUCACUGUAGUUGAGCUGAAUGGAAGCAACACAAGGGGCAUGUUGGUUGCUGAUUGGAGAAAUAAGCUGUGCAAGCCCCCCAAUGUUACCAUCGUCGAGAAAACUGACACCAAGAAAUCGCUCACUCUAUGGAGAGGCAUGGUACUGGAGUGAAUAAUUAACAAAGUUAAUUAAAAUGAAGAAAAACGAAGUACGAAAAUAUGAUGGCAAUAAAUAUUAAAUAUGA